AUGGCGACUGAGUACAAGCUCAAGGGCUUGAGCAGCAUUGACCUGAAAAAUGGUCAGACGCAAGAGGUAGAAGUUGAGGGCAUUGAGGAGGGUAAGGUCUUGCUCGCCAAGGUCAAGGACGAGGUUCAUGCAUUGAGCUCGAAGUGCACCCACUAUGGAGCUCCAUUGGCCAAGGGUGUCCUUACGCCAGAGGGCAGGUUAACAUGUCCAUGGUAUGCCAUCUCUAGAGUACAAUUUGGUCGGAUUUAUGGCUUGUGUGGUGUGCUAAUAAUUGAUAUGUUAGGCACGGAGCUUGCUUCAACGUCAAGACCGGAGACAUCGAAGACGCACCCGCACCCGAUCCACUCCAAAAGUUCGAAAUCGUGCAAAGAGAUGGAGCUGUGUACAUCAAGGGUGAAGAGGCAGCUAUCAAGGCAAAUCGACGAAACUUGAGCAUCAAGUGCAAGGCACAAGGUAACGACCAUGUCGUGAUCGUUGGCCGUGGAAGUGGUGCGUUCGGAGCCAUUGAUGGUCUUAGAGCAGGAGGCUAUACCGGAAACAUCACGGCUAUCGCAGAGGAAGACUACCCACCAAUCGACCGCACGAAGCUAUCAAAGGCCCUCAUGGAUGAUGCUUCCAAGGUCGCCCUGCGGAGUCCAGAGUAUUACAAGGAAGGUGACGUCCAGAUGGUCAAUGGUACAGUCAAGUCGGUCGACUUCUCAGGCAAGAAGGUCAAGACGCAAGACGGAAAGGAAUAUUCCUACACCAAGCUCAUUCUGGCUUCUGGAGGAACUCCGAGACAGCUUCCGCUGCCAGGUCUGAAGGGCGACUUGAAGAACGUGUUCCUGCUCCGCACGAUUCCAAACGUUCAGGACAUCCUGAAGGCUGCUGGUCAGGACGGCGGCAAGAAAGUUGUUGUCAUCGGAAGCAGCUUUAUCGGAAUGGAGGUUGGAAAUGCGCUUGCGGGCAAGAAGCACGACGUCUCCAUCAUUGGUAUGGAGCAGGAGCCAAUGGAACGUGUAAUGGGUACACAAGUCGGUGCAAUCUUCCGAAAGCUGCUGGAGAAGAACGGCAUCAAGUUCCAUAUGGGUGCCUCAGUCGAGAAGGGCGAGGAAAACAGCAGCAGAUCGGGAUACAUCGGCUCUGUCGUUCUACAAGACGGAACCAAGCUGGAAGCCGACCUGGUCAUCGAGGGAGUCGGCGUCCGCCCAGCAACGGACUAUCUGAAGGAGAGCUCGCUCGAGCUGGAGAAGGAUGGAUCUGUGUCGGUCGAUGAGUCGUUUGCUGUCAAGGGCAUGAAAGAUGUCUUUGCAAUUGGAGAUAUUGCCACAUACCCAUACCACGGUCCAGGCGGCAAUGGCAAGCCAGUCCGCAUUGAGCACUGGAACGUAGCACAGAACAUGGGCAGAUCUGUGGCAAAUUCGAUCAACAGCCCGGGCUCGAAGCCGAAGCCAUUCAUCCCGGUCUUUUGGUCGGCAGUGGGUGCUCAGCUGAGAUACUGCGGCCAUCCGGCUACUGGAUACGACGACGUGAUCAUCCAGGGCAAUACUGAUACCAGCGAAGGCAAGCAGAGCUUUGUCGCGUACUAUACCAAGGAUGACGAUGUGGUGGCUGUGGCGAGCAUGAUGAAGGUAAGCUUGUGCCACAAUUUUGAAAUACUUGAGAUCGUACUAACGUCGCCUUUAGGACCCAUACAUGACACAGUCGGCUGAGCUGAUGAGGAGGAACAAGAUGCCCAAGAAGAGUGAGAUAUCAAAGGGCGUGGACAUUAUGGGAAUCACCCUCCCAUCCGAGGUGAAGAUAUAG